UAGAAUGAAAUUGAGUACGAUACUCUAAUAUGAAUGAAUGAAAUUUAGGUCAAAUCUUUAAUUAUCUAAAUUCCAUGAAUUUUCAAUCAUAAAAUCUAUAAUUUGGAUCAACUUUAGAAUUGAAAUCUAAAUUCAUGUUAGAAAAAAAUAUAGAAGAAUUUGUUUCAAAUUUGAAUUCAAACUUUGUAGAUGGUCACAAAUUUGAACUAUCCAAAUUUAAAUUUUCAAAGUAUUACUCUAUUACGGAUUAGGGAGAAGUUCAAAUUGAGCCAACCGUACGAUAGCAGCGUCUGAAGGUUCUAUGAAUUUCUGCCGUCGAUUAACCAUCCAAAUAUAGUCCAUAGGAUGAGAUUGUGGCGCAAUCUGACCGUCAAAAAAGAAAUUGAAAUUCAAAAGCUAGAGAGGGAGGAAGAAGAGCGAGACAAGGCUCUACUCGCUCCUCUUCUCCUCCCUUCUUCCCUGAGAAUUCCUGCGUUUUCCGCCCACGCGCUCCGCAUAUCGACACAAACGCACAUUCAGCGGAUCGAUUUCCAGCUGAUUGAGCUCGAUCCUUUGAGACUUUGGAGACGGCAUUCGGAGGAUUUUCUCCGUUGAAUCUGAGCUGCGUGAUCGCAGUGUUUCGUUAUCGAUUUUGAAUUCCUGCAAUUUGUCCAACACUGCUGCGGAAUUGUAAAUUUUGUGAACUUCUGGGGAGUUUGAUGCUCUUUUGGAAGGGGGCCGUGCGAGUUCUGAUUUAAUUUAAUCUGUUUAUUAGUUCGUCUGGUGUGGUUAAUCG